UCACAUCUAUUCACAACAAGGGACGUGUGGAUUCGAGGAAAUCAGACAAGGAAUAUGAAAAUGCUUUUAGUUUUAGACAGUUAGCUGACACGUGUAAUGAAAUAUAUGGUAAACAACAAGUUACGAGGUACGUGUAAAACCACAUGACCGCUUCUCAGAACAGUGGACGUGUCGUUUUUUUCUAGAUUUUCUACCGACUUAGUACAACUUUAGUUAAUUAAUAUAUUAUCUCAUUUUUUGGAUAACCUAUACUAUUGUCUCAUUGUAUAUUAUAUUAAGUCACUAUUUUGCAUCGAUAAAGUUCAACAUCAAACUACUUUUACAAGAUUAAUUAAAAUGGCACUGUCUUAAGGAAAAGUGGAACCAAUGGUAAGGAAAGAAACAAUAGGAAGGAAAUAUGGAAGAAGGCGUUCCAGAAGCAGAGAAGGUCGUGUGUCCAAAAGAAGUCGUAGAAAAGAACAAAGAUAAACAAGAACUAGAAGAAGAAGAAGAGAAAGGAGCUAAAGGUGGGAUUUUGAACAAUCUGAUAUCCAACUUUAUGGAUGCAACAACAACAACAACAGCAGAGGGAAAAUCUGGUAAAAACAUUCAAAAAUUAGAAUGUGAAGAUGAAAAUGACAAGGAAAAAGAGAGCUCAUCAAGUGUUGGAGUCUUAGAGAAGAUUAUUUCUCAUCUGCCAGACGCAGCUCCAACAACAGAGGAGGCAGCCAUUUUGAUCCACUCUGCGAUUGACUGAAGAAGAUUUCAACGACGUUUAUAAUUAUUUUUACUCUUCGGUUUUGUAAGUUUGAUAUUGAUCUUCACGUACGAGGCUAUUUUGUAUGUUUGUGUCUUUUGUGAAUUCGAUAUCUUCUCCAGACUGACUAUGAAUCCAAUUUGGUCUUUGUUUAAAAUAAAUACUAAUUAUUUAUAGUCAGA